AUGCUGCAGGUGGGGCUCAGCCUGCCCCGCUCCCCCGGGGGCGCGGCCGCCGCCUUCCCCAUGGCCGAGCCGGCCGCGGGCGAGGACGCGGGCACCGGGCGAGAGGUGCUUGGCUCAUCCCCGGUCACCAUCGUGGUCACGUCCGCGGCCGACACCUGGGACAUCGACACCUCCUCCCGCCUGGGCUGUGGGCAGUUCGUGGACUGGGACAAGAUGCCGGAGCCGCAGCAGCCGGCGCAGAUCCCGCGGGACGUCCUGGCCAGGUCCCCGAAGGAGCUGAAGAGGCUGAUGAGAGAAGGCUGCUGGGGCUGGAGCCACGCGGGCCGGGCCCGGCUCUACCCCCGGCUCAUCCAGCAGGUCUCCUGCCGCCUCGUCACCCCCGACGCGCUCGUGUACAGGGACGUGGCCGGCCGGCUCUUCGGGAAGCCCAGCGUGAGCUCCCACCCUCUGCCCGAGUUCCUGGAGGGCUGCCCCAUGCCCACCUACUGCCUCAACCCGCACGGGGUCACGGCCCUGAAGAAGAUCCUCAUCUGCGUGGGCACCCUGUUCCCCGACAUCACCCACAGCCCCCUGCUGCCCGCGCUGGCGGCGCUGCUGCUGCACUACAGCGAGGACGAGGCGCAGUGCUUCGAGAGCGUCUCUCGCCUCAUCGCCAGCAACGCUCCCCACGCCGACUACAUCGACCAGUCCUUCCUGGCCCACCAGGCCUCCUGCAUGACCUUCGGGGACCUGGCCAACAAGCACUGCCCGGCAGCCCACAAGCUCAUAGCCGGCGCCGCCGAGAACGUCCUCGAGGUCUACUCGGAGUGGCUGUCGUGGCUCUUCCCCGGGCUGCCCUUCAGCUACGCCGUGCGGGUGCUGGACAUGUUCCUGCUGGAGGGCCAGAAGGUCCUGUACCGCAUCGCCCUGGCCCUGCUCAAGCAGUUCCGCCUCUCGGUGGCCCCGGCCGGGCUGCAGGGCUCUGACAUCAAGGCAGAGCUGCAGGCUUUCUCCAGGAACAUCGCCCAGCACGUCACUGUGGACAAACUCCUGGAGAGAGCCUUUGGCAUCCGGCUGUUUUCCCGCAAGGAGAUCUGGCUUCUCCAGAUGGCCAACAGGAAGGCGUUGAUGGAGAGGGGCAUCACCGUGGUGCAGAGAAGGCCAUCCUUCCACCUGGCUGUGGACAUGCAGAACUUCAGCUCCAGCACUGUCACGGCGCAGGAGAUGCGCCUCGUCUGGUCCUGGAUCCCCGAGCGCUUCUCGCUCUUCCCCCCGCUGCUGCUCUUCUCCACCUCCAAGGAUGGCUGCAGCCUGCAGAGGUUCUACACGUGCUGUGAAGGCUAUGAACCCACGGUGCUGCUCAUUAAAACCACCGAGGGCGAGGUGUGUGGGGCGUUUCUCUCCUCUGACUGGAGCGAAAGGAAGAAGAACGGAGCCACAUCGGGCUUUUUUGGGACAGGGGAGUGCUUUGUGUUCACUGUGCGCCCCGAGGCAGAGAGGUACGAGUGGGUGUUCAUCAAGAAGCCGGAGCUGGCCAAGGCCGUGCCGCGCUCGCCUUCCCCCGCUCCCGAAUCCCGGCUCGGCCCCUCCCGGGACAGCCGCAGCUCCAGCCCCAACCACCUCGCCGUGCCCUCGCCGCAGAGGAGAGGCCGCCUGUCCCCGUUCCUGGCCGUCAGGCACUUCCUGCUGCCCUCCAAAACUGCCUCCAUGUUCAUGUCCGGCUCCCGGGACGGGAUCGUUAUCGGUGGAGGGGGAGGCCAAGCGCUGUCCCUGGACGCCAGCCUGCUCUGGGGACACACGGAGCGCUGCGAGACCUUCGACAACCCCCCGCUCUGCCAGGAGAACUUCCAGGUGCAGCUCUUGGAAGUGUGGGGCUUUCAAAGCGCGUAG